AUGGUUAGGCCUAUACAUAAAUUCGGCAAAGUUGGAUUAGAGCUUUUCAAGGGUUGUUCUUGGGCAAGUGUGCCUGUGCUCGAACUGGCUAACUCCGUAGAAAUUCUGGAGGAAGAAGCGUCUGAUUCCAGUAGUAUAGGGGUGGUUCAAGCCCUAUAUGAAGCCUUAAACGCAAGAGACGUUGAGACGGUUCACCGCCUGUUGGCGUCGGACAUAGAGUGGUGGUUCCAUGGUCCACCUUCUCACCAGCAUAUGAUGCGAUUGCUCACUGGUGUCUCUCCAGACAACCUUUUCGUUUUCCGGCCUAUCACCUUCACUGCUAUUGCUUCUACUAUCCUCGUUGAAGGCACCGAUCAGAACCAUUCAGUCUCGUGGAUUCACGCUUGGACGGUUACUUCUGCUGGGAUAAUCACUCAAGUCAGAGAGUAUUUCAAUACUUCCCUUACCGUGACUCGCUUUAUUGAACAUUCAAACCAAUCGUCACCAUCUUCCCCUGCUUCUCCAUCGUCGUCGUUUAAGUCUCAGGAGCUGUGGCAGAGCAAGCUCCCUAAGGACGUUCCCGGUCUUGUUCUAGCGAUCUAA